GGAUCUCCAGUUAUACGUUAUUUCUAUAUAUAAAUGAUAUCUAAAUUAAAAGCUUAGUUAUAAACAGCUGCGUGUAUGUAGAAAUAUAAAUAAAGGUUUUAUGCAUGUCAAUUAUUUAUGCUGGUUGAAGCUGCGACCUGAUGGGACUAAACCAUUGUAAAUAAUAAUAUUGGCAGUAAUAAUACACCGAAUUAAACAUGGAUUCGUCUGCAGUGAGUUUAGGAGAAUUCGGCUUCUGGUCUGAGCGGACGCCGGUGCACAAGGCUGCGUCUACAGGACAGGUUGAGAAGCUCCAGUUUCUGGUUGAUAGUGGUGCUUCAGUGAAUGCAGCGACAGCCAACAACAUAACUCCGCUUCAUGACGCCUGCUUACAGGACCACCCAGAGUGCGUUCGAGUCCUUCUGAAUGCAGGCGCACAGGUGGAUGUACGGACUAUUCAUGGUAGCACACCUCUGUGUCAUGCGUGUGCAGCAGGCAGUGUGGAGAGUGUGAGACUGCUCCUGGACCAUGGAGCUUCAGUGAAUCCCUCCCUCACGGCCCUUACUGCCUCCCCUCUGCAUGAGGCCUGUAUACGUGGUAAUCAAGAAUGUGUGAAGCUGAUUAUAUCAAAAGGAGCCCUGCUGGAGGCUUUCGAUAUCCACUUUGGGACGCCGCUGCACAUCGCCUGCUCUAAAGCACAUCUGGAGUGCGCUUUACAGCUGCUCAAUGCAGGCGCCCGCGUGAACGCCACCAACUUCCAUGAGACGGCUCUGCACCACGCAGGAAGAGUGGGCCGGGAGGACCUGAUUGAGCUACUGGUGGAGUUUGGUGGAGACAUUAAUGUCAGGGACAACCUGGGACGCAAACCGAUAGAUUACACAACCCCUGGAUCCACUUCUCACAUCUGUCUACAGCACUAUGAGAGUUGUCCUCUGUCUCUACAGCAGCUGAGUCGUAUCACACUGAGGCGUGUGCUGGGCACCAGAGCGCUCCAGGUCAUCACCAAGCUAGACAUCUCACAACGCAUCAUCAGUUACCUUUGUUACGAAAAAUACAGCUAAACAUUGAUAUGAGAGUUUGUGUUAAUGCAAUAAUGAGGAAAAAAUGCUCGACUGAACAUAUUUAUGCUGUGACCAGCUGCUGCUUGUCCUUAAAUAUGCUACAAGAAAUCCUUUGACUUACUGUGCAUUCAUUAAACCGUUUCAUAUAAUGUGCAGAACAUUCAAUUUGGAAAUAAGAGUCUUGUAUUUUAUAACAAAUAAAUAAGUAGUAUGUAAACUCUGUGGUUAAUAAAUGCAUUGUGUUAUGAUAUAACAGUGCUGGAUUCAGAAAGAUUUU